AUGGAGCAGUACUUUAAGGCUGCUCGAAUCCCUGAUGGCGAGAAGAUGACCAUUACAAGCAUGUAUUUGUCUGGUGAUGCAAAACUAUGGUGGCGCACACAGACAGAGGACGAUGCUUCUGCGGGUAGGCCUCGGAUUGAAGUUUGGGAGACCCUUAAGAAAGAAUUGAAGGACCAGUUCUUGCCUCAGAACACUGCAUGGAUUGCAAGGAAAUCUCUGAAGAAAUUGAAGCACACAGGUACCGUUCGUGACCAUGUGAAGGACUUUAGUUCCUUGAUGGUGGACAUUCGAAAUAUGUCAGAGGAGGACAAGCUGUUCAAUUUCAUGUCCGGAUUGCAACCAUGGGCUCAGGCAGAACUCCGUAGGCAAGGUGUGAGGGACCUUCCUACUGCCAUGACAGCGGCAGAUUGUCUUGUAGAUUUCAAGAUGACUGGGUCUACUACACAAGACAAGAAGAAGUCCAAGGAGGGGAAGAAAGACAAAGGCCAGUCCUUUAGGUUCAAGGACAAGAAGAAGGACAAGAAUCAAAAGAAGGAUAAAGGCGGUGGCUUUGUCAAGGCCAAGGCAGAUUACAAUAACAAAGGGAGUAGUAGUGGGACUAAGCCCAACUACGGUUGUUUCAUCUGCAAUGGUCCCCAUCGUGUUAGGGACUGCCCCAAGAGGGAGAAGCUGAGUGCUAUUGUCGCUGAUUCAAAAGGAGACUCAGACUCGGAAUCUGGUCCAACCCGAGUUAAUCCUCUGCAAAUGCUGAAUGCUCUUACUAAAGAACAAUCCAUGGAGUUGAAAGGGCUCAUGUUCAUUCAGGUGACGCUGAACGGCAAGGAAGUUUUGGCAAUGGUGGACACGGGGGCCACUCAUAACUUCAUUGCGCAGAGGGAAGUAAGUAACUUUAAUUUAAAGUUAAUUCCAUAUGCUAAUAAGAUGAAAGCUAUGAAUUCUGAAGCCAAGCCUGUCUUAGGCAUGGCCACCACUUCUAUGAAAGUUGGUUGUUGGGAGGCCGUAGUUAGUCUUAUGGCUGUACCCUUAGAUGAUUUUGAUCUAAUUCUUGGAAUUGAGUUCCUUACGAAAGCCAGAGUAGUAGUUGUGCCAUAUUUGGGAGGAGUUUUUAUUUGGGACAGGAGUUGUCCAUGUUUUAUUCCAUCAGUGGCACUUUAUGGGCACCAAAAGAAGGAAGAUCGUAAAUAUGGCUGCAUCGAAAUAAUCUCUGCAUUACAAGUGAAAACAGGUUUAAAGAGGGGAGACUCUACCUUUCUUGCAGCUAUGAUAGAGAUCAAACCGGACCAGCUUGUUGAAGUUCCGAAUUCUGUUGCUGAAAUUCUAGAGGAAUUUGCAGAAGUGAUGCCACUAGAACUACCCAAGCAAUUGCCCCCUCGACGUGCUGUUGAUCACAAGAUAGAGUUGGAGCCGGGUGUAAGGGCUCCUGCUCAGGCCCCAUAUCGGAUGGCGCCUUCAGAACUGGCUGAACUGCGUAGACAGUUGGAUGAGUUGCUGGAGUCUGGCUAUAUUCAACCAUCCAAGGCACCAUAUGGCGCGCCAGUGUUGUUCCAGAAGAAGCAGGAUGGCUCAAUGCGAAUGUGUGUGGACUAUAGGGCUCUGAAUAAGGUGAUUGUGAAGAACAAGUAUCCAGUGCCCAAUGCCGCUGAUUUAUUUGACAGGUUGUCAAGGGCAUCCUACUUUACUAAGCUGGAUUUAGGUGCAGGUUACUGGCAGGUGCGUAUAGCAGAAGGAGAUGAACCCAAAACUGCAUGUGUAACUCGUUAUGGGUCUUAUGAAUUUCUUGUAAUGCCGUUUGGGCUAACUAAUGCCCCAGCAACCUUCCUGUUGGAUGAAUAA